CCCACACGCCGGGUCAGAGCUUCGUGAAACCUGGACGUGGAGGGAUAUUCCCACAUGGUCCUUGUAACUACUGCCUCAGUGGUAAUAUCUAUGGAAAACGGGGGCUUUGUCCGUAACCAUAGCGCCAAGACAAUUCGUCUGACAACAAUCAACACAUUUGAAGAGACGCCGUAAUAGAAGAUAUUCGUGAAACCGGCGUUGUAUUAUCUCGCUGCUGCUGCUGCUCUUACGUCAGAAUCGGGUGUAGCACCGCCUACUAGCCCCGCCAAGCACUGUGUUGCGUCAGCAUCACCGCUCACGAUACAAGCACUCAAGAGUUACACAAGAAAGGGCCGUUGGUCAAGUCGAGGAAUCUGUACAACUCUGAAAGAUGCUGUCAAUCCUUAGACCCAACACCUACAAGGCGCCACUCGCCUCACUCACCAGUGAUUUCUACGACUUCAGAGUUUUGGAGGAUGAGACGGCAGCUAUGCUGUUAGCUAAACACAUAUGGCGCUUACUGAAGAAAGCCCGCCACCGCCUCUACCAGAUGCCUGGGUGUGAGGGUGGCGCCGGAGGUGUGUCUGUGUUGGUGCCCGCAGACUUCCUCAACAGACUGUCCCGGGAUGUGGUCAGGAUGACGGAAGGAGAGAGGCAUGGUGUUAGAGGAUGCACGUUGCACAUAGACUACUGUGACGGUCUGGAGGUGACGAGAAUUGGGAAGAUAAAAUGUGAUCCUCACCUUCCUUCUAGUUCAUUCCUGCACCUCACACUUACCAGAGCACCGGAGGGACCACGCAACACUAACCCGCUGCUCAGAAUUCUCGGCUUUGGAAACGACAAUGUCAUCUACAUCAGUCCAGGCUACUUGUUAGAGAAGAAGCGCUCCAAAGAUGGCCGCCGUGUUGCUGUUUGAACAGGAAAUGCUUAUAGUAGAUUUGCAUUUAUUGGAUCGAAGAUAGCACAAUGGUGCAUAGGAUGCAAAUUAAGGCAUUUGGUUAACGUGCUGAAUGAAGUCCAGUCCCUAACCAUAUCUCCACAGCCUGUUAUUUCCUUCCUGUGUUGUGAUUUACUUACACUUUGGGUUCUCGACAGGUCGCUGGAUUAGUUCAUAUUAUUGACUUAGACUUCUUUUAAUAUCCAUUGUAUAUAGCACAAAAAACGAAUCUUCAUACUUUAGUUUUGCCAGGAACACUUCAGUAGUAUUUAUAACUUUUCCAUUUAAGUUAAUUAUUUUUCUUACCUAAUAGUAUGGAUUUUCUCUAGCUGUUUUAUAAAGUUCAUUCAUUCAGAUGGCAGUUUUGCUUUUCAUGUAUAGUGUACGGUUAAUUUCAUUUAUCUAAUAAACCCAUUCAGAGAUAUAUUUAAGAAAGAGAUGUAUGCUACAAAUGUUUGUAAAACUGAAAGUGGGUUCCCUAGGCUGGGUGGAUACAAUAUAUUUGAGACCAGGCCUUUUUAGGGUACACAAGAAAGCAGUGUUGGUAUUCACAGUUGGGUAGCGAGUACUAUCGGCUCUACUGCCACUCUGACCUGGUGAACAUUUACUGUACAACUUAUUUAAGGCUAACAAAUGCAUUGCACAAAUUUAACACAUUCCAAAAGGUUCAGUGACAUGAACCUUCAGAACUUCAAAAUGAUCGGAUUGGUGUUCAUAAACUGAAGAGUGACAUCGGAAGGUCUAGAUAACAGUUGAAGCGCCACCUUAGUGGACGCCUCUACAUUUGCAUCACUCCGUUAAAUUUAAAUAAUCAGACAAUUAUACUAGGGGUAUACAGUACCCUUAUUUAGCCACAUCUGCCAAAUUUCUGCUAGUCAUAAUAGUGAUACUGUAUAGCUGUAAUAUCAAUGUCAAAUAAAAGUAUUCUAAUGAGUAA